CUUUCUUCUCGAUUUCACCCCCGUUUCUGUACCUGAGUGCCUGCAUCUCUCUCCUUCCUCAGCUUCCUCCGUGACUCCUCGCGGUUCGCAUCCUCUGUUCUUCCGUGGACUGCUCCGCUGCUCUCCGAUCCUUUCACUGUAAGUUCUAUCACUCAAUACAUUUCCAUUGAUUUGUGUUUGCAAGUCGAGUUCUGUUUGGUUUGCUGGAAACGAAGAGAAAGUAGGAGAGAGCUAGGCAUUUGAGAUUUUGAGCAGUGUUUGCUCGUUCUUUCUUCUUCUUUCCAUGUGAAAUUUUGGAGUUCUUAGCUCGAGAUGGAAAGAUCUGCUCUAUGUUCUGUUUGCUUGUGGUGUCCAGAGCUGUGUGUAGCUAUUGGAUUGUGAAAUGACUGGCAGUUUCUUAAGCUGGUUAGCUAGGCGAACUACUUGUAUUAGGAAAGAAGAAGCUGUUUCAGGUUUUGGUGGCCAUGAUGGUACAUUUUAUGUUCUAGGCUAAUGGGCAUUUGAUUGUCCAAAAACAGAUCAUUUAGACCAGGUAGGCGCAGAUAUGAUAUUGAAUUUUGUUUCUUCUAUAGAGUGGAAACUACUUUUACUCCUGUGAAAAUCUUAUCUUCUGUUGGAGGCUUAUAUGCUAUUGUUAAAUUUGAGGAUCUUUGGGCACUGUUUCACUGGCACUAAUUUUACAUGAAAAGCCUGCUACAGCUUAUUUGCCCAAUGGCAAUUGGCGCACUCUAAAAAUAUCCCAUGUCUCUGGUUUGGUGGCUGGUGGGAGGCCAAAUUCUUCUCCAAAAUGGCAAAAUGUAUCUCUAAUAUCGUAUGUGAAGACACCAGAAUCUACUGUGACAUCCAACUCCAAUGCAAUCUAGAACUCAAAAGUUGUUCACUAUGAUGACCAUAGUUUCAUCUAAUGUUGCUGCAAAGGUUACUUGGAGAAGAAAACUUUGCAGACUGCAACUUUUCCAGGACUCGAGGAAUUGAUGCUAGAGGUUUGUGAUGAGACAGAGAUUGCUGAGUUGAAAAUGAAGAUUGGAGACAUAGAAAUGCAUCUGAAACGGAAUGUUGGAGCAAAAAAGGCUCCUGCAUCUAGUGUUUCACCCAUGACAGCACUGCCUAUUCCAGCUAAAGCUAUGAAUGAAUCACCUUCUGUUGCAGCUGCUGCUGCCCCAUCAGCUCCACCCCCAAAAUUCUCUCCAGAAAAGACCACUCCCUUUACCAAUGUCUCUUUUGGAAAGUCAUCAAAGUUAGCAGCCUUGGAGGCUUCUGGGACUGAUAACUUUGUCCUGGUAUCUUCUCCAACGGUUGGUUCAUUCUGAAGGGGUAGAACAGUCAAAGGAAAGAACCUACCUCCAAUGUGUAAAGACGGUAGCAUGAUCAAAGAAGGACAAGUGAUAGGAUACUUGGAUCAGUUUGGCACCCACUUUCCUGUGAGGGCAGAUGUGGCUGGAGAAGUCUUAAAGCUGCUCGCUAAUGAUGGAGAUGCUAUUGGUUAUGGGGACCCACUCGUUGCUGUCCUGCCAUCAUUUCAUGGUAUCAAGUGAGUAUUUCCUCCUUUCUGUGGUAAAUUUUUGCUGGGAUCAUGAUGCAGAGUUCUAAGGUUUGCACUUGCAGCUUGUCUUCUCAAGUCCUUCACUCUACUACUUACUAGCAACCAAAAACAUAGGUAUAUUUUGCAAUGUACAUUCAACAUUGUUGUUGGCCAGUUGAAUUAGCAUCAGUCCAAGAAUAAUUCAUAAACAUUAAAGGUUUGAAAGUGGCUUAUCAUUGUAUUAGGUUAAGUUCUUGUAUCAUGAUUGAGCUUUAGACAGCUUUGUUCAGCAAGAAGUAGCAUUUGACAUUUGUUUGCUUAUGGACUGGACUGUAUUGCUAAAAAAUAAGUGGUAGUCCAUGCUCGGCUCAACUCAUUUAGAAGAGUUGGUUUCCUCAAUUUAUUUUUCUUGCAAAUGCAGACAUUAAUUUUUGUUUGUGUGACUUGAUAAUGAUUUCCAUCCUUUUAGCAUACUAAUACAAAGUUAUGGGGCAA